AUGUCUACAGCUGUUCUCAAACCUUCAAAUAUCUUGUCAGCUGAACAUCACACCACGAGACUAAAUUACCCUCUUAUUAAAAUGCAACAAUUAAAUAUGGCACCUGCUAUUCAACCUUCUUCAAUACCCACUGUUCGUCAAUCUACAAUCAAUAAUUGUACUGAGCCAGAAGUCGAUU